GGCUUUGUACUGAUAUGAUUUUAUUAAGGUGACGUUCUAUCAUAUCUACAGCACUGCUUGGGGUAACUGCAACUCUCCGGAAGACGAUGUUAAAUUUCAUCAAAAAUGUAAACGGAUGAAUCUCGCUCUGAAAUCUGACAGAUUCGUAAAACGACACAAUGAGCUGAUACGCGCAGUGGUGAACAUGAAUAUGAUUGGUAUAAUCACAGCAGAUGGUGUGUUUGGCAGAGCCGCACAAAGGCACAUCGAGUGACAGUGAGAUCAUCUCUAGCAACGCAACUUUCUGUUUCAACUAAGGGGACUGGUAGUGGCAUGACACCGUUGCCAUGGUGACAUCAGACCGUGAGACUGGGCCUGAUCAUGGGAGGCAGAAAGGAGGCACUGUUUGGAAGAACCUGUCCAAAUACACCCCUAUCUUCUUUUUUCUGGCCCUGUCUGGAAUCAUCUUCCUAUUGCGCAACAUUCACACUCUUGAGAAGCUCAACUGCCAAACAGUGUCGACACUCUACCAGUUCCAGAGCAGCAUUCAUUCAGCCUUCACCCCAGAGGAACAACCUCCUGUGGAUCACAACCGGAGCUACUGUGGUCACCUGGGCCUGGAGCCCUCAGCCGAGGAGGCUCUGGAGCAGCGUUACCUCCUGGAGUCCAUCGCGUGGCCAGAGCCUCAGCCUCGGCUGACGCCUAGACCCCUGCGGCAGACCAGCGACCCUGCACACAGCCUGUUUGCAAUCCUGCCAGGAGGGGGCGGGAGAGAGUGGCAUGUGGGGGAUCAGCUAGAGGCGCUAGUCCAUAUGCAUGACUUCCAGGGGCGUCCCAAGCGUCACGGUGGGGACUUCCUGCUGGCCCGGCUGCAUUCCCCAGAGUUGGGGGCGGGUGUUGCAGGACAGGUGCUGGACCACCAGAAUGGGCUCUACUCAGCCGUGUUCCCGUUACUAUGGGAGGGGUCUGUACGGGUAGAGGUGACACUGGUCCAUCCUAGUGAGGCAGUUGCUGUGCUGCGUCGGUUACGAGAGGAACAUCCCGACCGUGUCUUCUUCAAGAGUCUGUUCCGCUCUGGAUUCCUGUCUGAGACCACCGUGUGCAACCUGUGCCUGCCAACCACCCGGCAGCCGCUGUGCAAUUACACGGACCCUCACACAGGUGAACCAUGGUACUGCUACAAGCCCAAACUGCUCAGCUGUGACACGCGGAUCAACCACGCCAAAGGAGGCUACCAAAAACACCUGCUCACCAACAAAGAGUCACUGCUCUUCCAGAGUGGUGUAAACAUCAAAGUCCGUGUUCAUGCUUCCGGGUCUGACAGUGUCAUUGUGCAGCCUGAGAAGAGAGACAAACCAGAGAUGGAGAGCAGCCGUGUGAGAGCGGAGCCUAUCAGGGUCACUCCAUCUGGGUAUUACUUCCAAGGGUCAUGGCGAGCGUUGGGUGGUGUCGCAAUGCAUCAGUUUAACGACUCUUCUGCCAUUACUCAGUGUCUGAAGGGCAAGGUGGUGUACAUGUAUGGAGAUUCCACUGCUAGACAGUGGUUUGAGUACCUCAAUGCCUUUGUCCCAGAGCUGAAGGAGUUCAACCUUCACAGUCCUAGGAAUGUGGGGCCUUUUAUGGCAGUGGACAGCACCCACAACAUCCUGCUGAGAUACCGCUGUCACGGUCCUCCAAUACGCUUCUCCACUGUCAUUGCCAGUGAGAUGCGCUAUGUAGCUAACGAGCUGGACGGCCUGGCGGGAGGCCCAGAUACCGUGGUGGUCCUCAGUGUUUGGGCCCAUUUUAGCACCUUCCCUGUAGAGGUCUACAUACGCAGGCUACGCCACAUUCGACGGGCAGUGGUGCGGCUUCUGGACCGGGCUCCGGGGACCCUGAUAGUGGUGCGUUCAGCCAACCUCCAAGCCCUGGACCCAGAGGUGAGCCUGUACAAUAGUGACUGGUUCUCAGUACAGCUGGACGGUGUGCUCAGGGCCAUGUUCAGGGGUCUGGAUGUCUUGCUGGUGGAUGCCUGGGAGAUGACCCUUGCUCACCACCUCCCCCAUGCUCUCCACCCGCCUCCAGUCAUUGUCAAGAACAUGAUUGACACUAUCCUCUCUUACGUAUGCCCAGAGAAGAGCUAGCCCGAGAAAGGAAAAGAGUAUGGAAGAUUACAAAUUUGUGCGAGAUGGGGAGUGUGGUUAUGUUUACAAGAGUUACUUAUAGUGUAAUCACAAAGCUCACCUGUUUACUGCGUGCAUGGCCUGAUGUAGCCUAAGCCCUAUCUGCUGUGUACCUGCUUCCUGUAUAUGGGAUCCGCUGUUGUGAAGUGACCUAGUGUUUUUAUCAACCAUCUCACAGUCACAAAUAAACCGGGAGAUAAACAACGGGACUGAUUGAACCAGUCAACUAUGAACAGAUUACUGACUUUGACCCCACCUGCUGUAUUUAAAGUUGAAUGGCCAACAGUUCAAAGGGUUCUUGUUUCAAAGGAUUAUUUUAAGAAAUGUGUGUGUGUGUGUGAAAAGUUUUAUGCAAUAGUUUCUGACAUUCAGUGUUUGUUUUAUGGGAAACAGCCUUGUUAUUGAAUUGUGACUCACAGAUUGUUAAAAAAAAAAACUACAGACUUCAACUAAUUCUGUUCAAUACACUUUUGCAAAACUUGAAUGGAAUAUCGGCUGCCAUAGAGUGCAAUAAGUAUAUGUAGGCUACUGCAGUGCAGUAGGGGAUUUUGAGAGUGGGAAAUGCAGUAUAACAAAUGCAUGGAAAAUGACACAUUUGCCAAAUCCUGUACUUUAGACUUGCAUUAAUGAUGUUCUCACUCUAAAUAUCAAAUAUGUUUGGUUAUACAGAAACGGGAGCAAAGUUAUUUUGACAAAAGUAAAUGUGAGGAAAAUAAUACCAAACAAUGGGCUUAUGGUUACAAACCUCAAUGUGAAUCCAGCUCUGUCAUGUCAAAUAAAUCAGUUUGGUUUAGUGUGGGCCUCUAGGAAAUGCCCAAGCCAUGUCGCCACAAUUUAGCCUACAACCGAACAGAUUAAUAUUAGUUAACUCAGUUCUGUACCAAAUCAUGUGCUUUCCUAUGUAUUCCAUGUCCAAGGAUGUCCAGAAACAUAACCCUUGAGGACUUUGUCUGCUGGUUUUUGUCAUCCAUUAAGAAGUGUACAGGCCUGAAUCAGAUGGUGAUGGAAACGGCUAGGUCAUCAACCAGCAGACAGCCUUCCUUCAGGACUGGCUUUAUUUUUCUUAUCCACUGUUAUUUUUCAAGUACUUCUGCAACAGUUUACAUCAAAAUGUGACAUUAUUUAAAUCUAGGAAUAACUUUUUAUCAUGUAACUGUUUACCCUUUUUAAGACUCUUGUUAGGCAGUCUCAAAGUGAUGCCAUUUUGUAGCUAUCGGUUACAGCAGUAUUAUUGCCUAUGCCAUACACCACAGCUGGAAUGCUUUAACAUGUUACCGUUUGCCAAGCUUCGCUAUUGCCAAGUGUUACCUCACUUUCUACCAGUUACCAUAACAGUGUUAACUUGCCACAAUUCAAAUAUAUCUCCCAUUGAACAAGUGCAAUAAAGUGAUUGGUGAUUUAUUUAUGAAGGAAGAUAAGGUCUGACUAGCUAGCUAGUCCACGAGAAGAACUUAAGAUCAGUCUUCAUUGAACAAGUACUUGCGUUACAACAGGUGCACACAAAUCGUUGGGGCCUACAUAAGGCUGUCACAACAUCAGAGCUUUCUUUUCAGCACCAUGGACUGAAUCCUUAUCACCGCUACACCUGGUUGUCAGCGGAGCCUUGUCUGGCAGCGAAACAGUUCAUUCAGACUAAUUUACUGCCUUUAAAAAAAGAACAUAGUGGAAAUGCUAACCAAUAAGGAGAGACUUUGUUAAAUCCUCAAACAAUCACAUGUUAUUAAUAAGAAUUGCAAUAAUGAAGCUGGUCGACCCUCCACUCUGAGGUGGAAGGUCGAGGGCUCGAUGACAAGAGUACGGAGGCGUUAUAUAAUCAUGUUUUCUUAUGCAAGCAGAUGCAAAACAUGGGAUCUUGGUAUGUGUACGUGUGUGGAGAACGAGACGAAAUUGGGGUAAAGGGUACAGACUGUGAAUUUGGUUGUCUUGUUCUGUAGCAACAGCUGCUUAUUCUAGUCCUCUAGUGAGGUGCUAAACAACAGGAACUAUCCUCGACGCCAUUUCUCUGAAGUAGGUCAAAGGUUCCUUGAAGUGGAGCAAGCAUGCACCUUUUGCUGUCUGCACAGAUGGUGUGUGGUCGCACACACAUACACAUACACACACACAAGCAUGAACGUUUUGGAAUGCCAGAAACCAUAAAGUCUUAGAUCUUUCAUUAUACAAAAAUGAAAGAUGUUUAACCAAAAUGUCCCUUACAUAUAAGUGUUCUUCAAAGAACCCCCUUUAAUGGUUCCUCAAAUAACCUUUUGGGGUUUGUUUUUAACCCCCCCACCCCCACUAUUAUUAUUCAUCAGCAUAACAAUAACAAGAAUAACACAAUAUAGUUGUCAAUGUUUAUUAUGAUUUUAGGGCAAUUCUACCAUCUAAAUAUGAGGUAAACUCCCAGCAGAGCUCCAAGUUCAAUCAGUAUAACCUCUGACGUGUUAAUGUGUUGAUAUGCUUCGUGUCCAUAGCCAGAAGGAUUUUACACUACAUGGUGAUCGAAAAGGUUUCCAGUUAUAUUCAUCAGUGGUGUAGGGAGGCUGAAGUCUGAAAACACAAUAAUAAAUAUACAGAUGAUUAACAAAACGUGCACACAACAGUCUUCAAACCUUGGUUUUUGUGGUAAAUGUGAAUGAAAGAACUGUUCACCUUUGACAAUGGUUUUCAUACCCAUACCUUGUCCAUAAUGUAGAGAUCUCUGGGAUCCUCAUUGAAGAGGUCAGAGAGGAGGAAGAUGGCUGCUGUGACUGAGUCCUAAACUCAGCAAAAACAGAAACAUCCUCUCACUGUCAACUGUGUUUGCUGAAAAUAAACUUAACAUGUGUAAAUAUAUGCAUGAACAUAAGAUUCAACAACGGACAUAAACUGAACGUUACCGUUUGCCAAGCUUCGCUAUUGCCAAGUGUUACCUCACUUUCUACCAGUUACCAUAACAGUGUUAACUUGCCACAAUUCAAAUAUAUAAACUGAACAAGUUCCACAGACAUGUGACUAACAGAAAAUUAAUAAUGUGUCCCUGAACAAAGGGGGGGUCAAAAUCAAAAGUAACAGUCAGUAAGUUCCCGGACAUUUCUGGGGGAAUGGCCCUAGCUCUCACCCUCCGAUCCAACAGGUCCCAGAUGUGCUCAAUGGGAUUGAGAUCCGGGCUUUUUGCUGGCCGUGGCAGAACACUGACAUGCCUGUCUUGCAGUAAAUCAUGCACAGAAUGAGCAGUAUGACUGGUGGCAUUGUCAUGCUGGAGGGUCAUGUCAGGAUGAGCCUGCAGGAAGGGUACCACAUGAGGGAGGGGGAUGUCUUCCCUGUAACGCACAGUGUUGAGAUUGCCUAAAAUGACAACAAGCUCAGUCCGAUGGUGCUGUAACAGACCAUGAUGGACCCUCCACCUCCAAAUCGAUCCCGCGCCAGAUUACAGGCCUCGAUGUAACGCUCAUUCCUUCAACGAUAAACGUGAAUCCAACCAGCGACUGUGAGCUUGUGCCCAUAGGCGACGUUGUUGCCGGGGAUGUCUGUUGAGGACCUGCCUUACAACAGGCCUACAAGCCCUCGGUCCAGUCUCUCUCAGCCUAUUGCCACAUCUGCAGUCCUCAUGCCCCCUUGCAGCAUGCCUAAGGCAGAUGAGCAUGGAACCUGAGCACUGAUGCAGGGAUUGUGCAUUCCUGGUGUAACUCGGGCAGUUGUUGUUGCCGCUAUCCUGUACCGUAGGUGUGAUGUUCGGAGUGCAGGUGUUGUUACACGUGGUCUACUGUCCGUCCUGUCUCCCUGUAGCGCUGUCUUAGGCGUCUCUCAGUACGGACAUUGCAAUUUAUUGCCCUGGCCACAUCUGCAGUCCUCAUGCCCCCUUGCAGCAUGCCUAAAGCACGUUCACGCAGAUGAGCAGGGAUCCUGGGCAUCUUUCUUUUGGUGUUUUUCAGAAUCAGUAGAAAGGCAUCUUUUGUGUCCUAAGUUUUCAUAACUGUGACCUUAAUUGCCUACUGUCUUGUAGUAAAACGCCAAAUGGAUCUACCUCCUGGUCCUCUUCCCCUGUCUUACCCACCAAGGGUAGAGACAGAGAUGACCUCGCCUACCGAAAUACCGGAUUGGGCAAAUCCACCAGAAGACGAUUCAAGCCAACCAACUAUUGAACCUGAAUGGUGUCAGGAAGAAUCACCCUCUGCCUCAAGUGACACCUCUGAAUGGGAACAGCUGACCAGAGGCCCAUAUAUGCACUGUAAGAAAAGUAUUUCCUCAUUGUUGCUAGAGUAAUAUGCUCUGUCAUAACCAGAGGCCCAUAUAUGCACUGUAAGAAAAAUAUUUCCUGUUGUAAGAUAUGUCAUCACCCUCUCUGCUCUGAGGGAAUGGGAGGAGCAGCGGAUCGGGUGCAGAGAAUCAAAAGGUAUAUAAAGAGACAUUUGCCAUUACUUUGGCGCUGACUUCUUGAAUUCUGAAUUCAUAGAGACAACUAUUUGACCCAGGUAUUGGUGCCUGGCUCAUCUCUAGAUUCUAACUCUAUUGAAUUUGGACUAGAUUCUUGUGCUGAGACUCCUCGUGUUCCUAUCUAUUCCAAACCGUUACUACUGGCAGUGUGUGGUUCUUGAGGCUUUGUCCACUAUAUGACAGUCCCUGCUUUGUGAUCGCCUGACCAAGGUCUAAUCACCGGCAUUACUGGAAAUAGUUUGGCAUCCCGAGACAGGACUUAAACACUGAACCCAGGGGGUUUUCAUUGGAGGAUAGUGAAACAUCAGUAGACGAUCAGUUGACCAAGAACGACUCUAGUUUCCUCAUUCAAUAUAACUUGAAUCCAAUUUAGUUAAAAUAACGACUCCAAUUCAACCUCUCGGCAGUUAGAGGGGAGUCGCUACACUAAACAAAAUUUCUCAAAUUCUGACCGAUUGAAACUCUGCGCCUGAUCUCGUGGGUCUCCUCGUCAUCUCUCAAAGGUAAUUAAAUAACUAUUAUAAGCAUUUAAUAUAGAGAUAAGUGUUAUCAUUGUACCAGGCAUUUUAUAGAGCAUUAAGGCAUUUGCAUGUUUUUGAUUAACGCUGUGUGUGACCGAGUAACAAAUUGUGUAUUUUGAAGUGUGUUUGAUUGUAAAAGACAAAAAACAAUAGUGUUUUCAAAAAUAAACGGUAGUCUUAUUUUGUCUCGAGUAAACGGUUCUCUCAAAGACAGUUAACGGCGCGGGAGAUAACAACUCUGACACUCCCCGCUACCGGGACACUGGAAACGGGGAUCAAUGCUCUAUGACAGAAUGAGUUAUCAUAAAAAGACAAGGACGAAGGUGUGUCCAGUAGUGAUUCAUUUAAUUGUCUUAUCGAUCUAUCUAAGUUUUAUUUUCCAAGCGAUACAUAGCCGACGGGCAGAGUAGUGAGACUAAGUUGACUAAAGGUCUUCACACUUUAAACUAGAUACAUCACAGAGGGGAAAUACUCAACCACAGGGAAGUCAUAUAGAGACUGGUAGGACUAGUGCUUAAUAACAACUCAUGGACCAAUUAGUGGUGAAGCAAAGAGUCUAGAGGAUAAAGGUGGGGUUCACACAUCCCAGCUAGAGCUAGACCGUUGAGAGUGACAAGGCAAAAGACCUCUCUACGCGGACAACGCUUCGAUAUAGAAAGAGAGGCAGGGCUACGCGAGCGGUCCUGGUUAUACCGAGAUAACCUGAAGUAUCUAUAGUGCCCUGUCCAAUCCAGGGAACGGGACGCUAACCACCUCUAGCACCCCGCUGCCGGCCAAGGGGCGGGCUGAAGGUUUCGUAUCGCGACACUUGGUGCCCAACAUGGGGCCCCACACCUCUAUUUAAGACUCUACUACUACCUGAGUUAACGGCCCCUACCAGCGCUCUAUUUCCAAGCAACUUACUAAAGUAGGUAUCUUUAAAGAGUUAGAGAUAUGGCUACGGCAGUACCAACCUACCCAGACGCAGGAAGAGCAUUGGCUCUCCAUGCGGACGAGGAGGAAUUACAAAGGACUAGACGAGCUAGUGCCUUACCUUACAAACCAUCAGGAUGUUUCUUCGUACCGGGUUUACCAUGGGGUAAACUGAGAACGGUAGACCAGACAGCCAUAAAAUACCUUCUAGGAUUUGAGGGUAGACAACUUGCUGGGAUGAUAAAAAAUUCCAGAAAAGAACCCUAAAUGGCAACUACCAUAGAUACUACGGCAGCUCAUGAGGAGCAAAGUAGGGUAGAAAAUAAUGGUUCAGAACAGGAAAUGAUACGCAGGCAAAAGGCAGGUCUGCCCAGCACUAGGCUCGCAAUGUGCGUACCAGGAAUACCCUGGGGCCGCUGACCAAGAGGGAACAGACGGCCCCUCCAAUAACAGGAUUAGGCAAAUAGCCCUGAAUCCUAAGAAUUUCCCGUGAAGACUGAUCAACUUCACUAGAAAUUGUUGGAACAGGUGGAAAUUCAUUAUAAAAUGAUUAAGGAACACCAGUCUCUAUUCAAAGUCUAUAACUACUUUGAAAUUGUAUUAUUUCCUUGGGAAAGUAAAGCUAACAGUGCGUAAGUGUCACUAUGGGCGUUGUAUGAGGGAAAAUCCCUGAGAAAUAAGAAAGUACUAUAGAGUUUAUAACUAAAUAGGAAAUCUAAAUACAGUCUCAAGGUAAAGAGCAAUGGCGGGUUAGAGUCUACUCUUUGAGUAAAAAAUCCCUGAGGAAACUAGAAAAUAUUACAGAGUUUAUAACUAAAUAGGACAUUUAUACAAACCUCAAGGUGAAGAUAUGUUAACAAGAGUGAAUUAUUUUCAGCGCCGUUAAGGCAGGCAGACCUCGUAGUAAUACGAAAUUGGGUUCUAAUUAAAAGUCAUUCCAGAAAAGGAAGGGGGGGCAGAGGAUGUAAGUGUGUAUUGUGGCAAAGUGGCCUUCUAGGCACAGCCCUGGUACCCCAUGGCAAUGGCCCUGCUACAAGAUGGGACUCCAACGAAUCUAGGAGACACUAGUGUAAUGUUGAGAGCCAUGCAGGAAGACUUAUGUUAAAUAUUUAGGAUAUAUUUUAAGCCAACAGGGCAGAAAAAAAGAUGAAGGUAGAAAAGGAGUGAUUUCACAAGCAUUACAUUUAAUUAGGAGAACAAAUAUGUUGCAGUUCUUAGGGAUAAUAAAGUACUGUAGACAACGGAUCCCAUACCACUCAACAUAUAUAAACUUACAGAUAAGAUUAACCCAGGUUAUUGUUAAAUAAAUUACAGUGGACUCCCGAUAGAGAGAUUUCAUUAGUACAGAAAACAUAUGCUAUGUUUAGCGGUGUUCUGGCCUUAUCUAAUCAUUUGAAGGUCUGUCUUCACAUAGUAGAAAAACGACAAGAAUAUAUGGCAUCUGUUGUGAACCAGGGUCAUUGAGAGUAUCGGGUUAAUUAAGUUGAACUAUAUAAUUAUCUUACAGGUUACUACAUAGAAAUGUUGAGUUCUAUAAAAUGCAUUAGUGUAAACAGGGAGACAGUGAGACAGUCAGUCAAUAUUUGGAAACAGAGACCAUAUCUGGUACUGUCAGUAUUAGCUGCGGCAACAGGAAGCAGAUGCGGAAGCGAAAAAGGCCGGUUUUAAACCACAGCCAUUAAAAGCAGCAGUUAAGAGGAAGUUAAACAUAGACAUAACUACAUUGAAAGAGCUGAGACAGAUAGUGGCCCAUGUGCAAAUGUAUUAGGUCAGUUAGACACUGACACAGGAGUAGGGGAAUGGGACGUUACAUGGAAGUAAAUAAUGCAAAGAGUGGAUGCCUCAGGGUAAAAUUUCAGGAUGGACUUUAAAAAAAAGGAUCUGAAAAUAAUAAACCACAUAGGGAUAAAUAUGCUACAGGGAGAAGAAAAUCUCCUCAGCUUAUCGGACACAAAAAAAUUAUAAGUAAGGGGAGUCAUAAAAAAUGAACCAUUUUUUGGUUCCAGACCAAAUAGAGAGAGUCAGAACACACAGAGGCAGUAAUAGCAGCUCUAGACAGACUCAACAGAGCAGGCAUUAAACUGAACUUGACAAAGAGCCAAAUAGGUCGAGAGGAAGUGAACUUUCUCGGUUUCACUAUAGGCACUGGAAUCACUGCAAGCCAACAUUUCUUUGAAAAAGUAGCAGAGCCCAGCAAGCCUCACGCAGUAAAGGAAAUGCAGAGGGCCCUAGGCAAAAUAGGGUAUCUAAGAAACCACGUCAAAGGUUAUAACAGAGCUGCAAAGCAUUGCUACAGAGGCAUAACAAGAGAAGGGCAUCAAAAGGCCAUGUCACACAAAGAAUAUGGUAGACAAACCAUAACAUGGGACAAGAAAAUGGAAGAAUCCUGGGAAAAUUUGAAAUAAGCCCAGAGACCCCAACGUACCCCUCUGGCUGUGUCUGAAACUUGAAGGGCUAGAGGUGGUGAGGGAUGGCUACAUUUGGAUUUCGAAUGAGCUAUCAGGAAAAACAAUUCAAAUGUUACAGCAAACAGCUGAAAGGGCCCACAAUAAAGUACUCCAGUACAGGGGCUAAAAUGGCCCUGCUAGAGCUAUUCUGGAACAAAAUAGUGUCCCUUGCCCAAGGACAGGCCAUAAUCAUAAAAGACACAGAACUAAACGAACUAUGGGCCACUAACCAUACAAAAAAAAUGGUAGGUAUUACAACCACCACUUGGGAUAAGUGGAGGAACGUACAUGCCACCAAAGGAGUUAUGUUCAUCAGUGACCAAGGAUGGGACACUGACGAACCAGGACCAGGACCUACAACAGUCAAGGUAAAACCAAAAGAGGAUAAACCUAGGGACAUAGUAGUGUUCACGGAUGGAAGUGAGAAAACAGGAGUAACCAAGUGGGGUUUUAUUGAAAAAAACAAAGCCACUGGUGAAACACUCAUAAAAAGGAAACAAGAAAUAGCAGGCACUGCCCAGAAAGCAGAAGUCAUGGCCAUAAUGGAAGCACUGCUACACUGUUCUACACCCAAUCUAAAGAGAAUAGAACUGGUUACAGACAGUUACUACAGUGCCCAGGCCAUGACUUCUGACAAAAAGAUAUGGCAGAACAAUGGUUACAGAAGUGCUAAAAACAAAACAAUUCAGCACGAAGGAGAGUGGAGAAAGAUCCAUGCGUUAAUGGAUAGAAUGGAUAUUGUUGUCAGUCACCAAAAAGCCCACACAGUAGAUGGGAGUGGAAAGGAAGCUGACUUCAAUCAACAAGGAAGUAGAUGAACUAGUCCAGAUGGGCAGAAUAAUUCUCUACAAAACUGAAGCAGACUAACUCAAGGCGUUACACAUAGAUUGGGGACAUCUAGGUCCCAAAAUCUUUAUGAAGCGUCUUAGACAGGACCAGAUUGAAUUUGACCCAGUAGAGGCCAAACUGGUGUGCAGUGCAUUACCUGUCAAGAGCAAAAGCCUAGUAAUCUAGGAAGAGUGUCUGAUCAACACAUCAAAACAUGCACGCCCUGGAGUCAAAUAGCAUUAGAGACUAUGGGUCCCAUGAAAAGUGCUACGGUACUGGGACAUAGGUAUGCUAUAGUAGCGGUGUGCAUGGCAACAGGCUACACAAUGGUACACACAGCGAAAACAUGCAAUGCUCUGCCUGUGUUGACAAUGCUUAACCUUUUGACUUUAGGACGGUUUCAAUCGAUCAGGACUGACGAUGGACGUCAGUAUAAAAACAAAAAGGUAGAGGAAUGGUGCACCCAGAGGGGAGUAAAGCACAGUUUCUCACCUCCCUACACACCUCAAGCAAAUGCGUGUGCAGAGAGGACCAUUGGCAAACUCAAAACAACUUUGGGGUUGUGGAGAGCGGACAAAGAUUGGGGACCAAAGCUAGUGCAAGCAUGCAUAGAGUUAAGUAGCACCCCAACCAGUUCAGGGCCUAGUCCAAGAGAGUUAAUGGGAUUACCAGGACAAAAUAGUACGGUGGAUAUUCCUAAUCCCCAGUCUACCCCUCUACCUUGUGUUUUAAAGGUAGGAGACUGGAUCAGGAUUAGAAACAAUCCAGCGGCAGACAACAGUGACCUGGUAAUACCCAAGAAAUACGGUAAAAGGCGUAUUAUUGAGGAAGUAAUAAGCGCUAAUACUGUGAGGACAGCUUGCGGAAGAACAGUUGACAAAGCACAACUUAAGAAAGUAUGUCUUCCAUAAUCGUACCAGACUGGAAAUACCUUCUAGAGUGCAGAGCAGGCCUCCAAGUCAGGAGGAGUCCAAACACCAUUUGGCUAGGCAGGCACUUUAGACAGGGCUUCAAAGGAGGGAGCACAGGAAGAGUAGUCUGGGAACGAAGCGUUCCGACAGGUCUACCUGGCUCAAGCAGACUGAAGUGUGUCCCUUGUGACGUAUGCAAUGAGCCCACUGGCGAUAUGCAAUACGAAGGGCCCGCUGAGCUAAGCAUCAGGCAACUAGAGAUGUGCUCUGAUGGAGCCUCAGGAAAGUAUAGGUGCAGGUAUGGAAGAGUUCAGACGUGUGGCAGGUGCAACUGCAACACCAUGACCAACUGUGCACUAGACAUAAGGACCAUUAAUGGUUCCUGGGACCUCAGAGGGUGUCAGUGUGCCUGGGAUAGAUAUGGAAACAUCUCAGACAAAGAUUGCCUGGAAUGUCGCAGACAGAGGGUCACAGAGGUCAAACUAACCAGAAGUGCCCUCUUAACCCCAGUUAGAUUAGAAGCACCACUCUGGCCCAUUCCCACUGGAACUGCAGGCCCAGACCCAGCUCUAACAGGUCAAAGGUUCCAAUUUAUCUCCAGCUAUGAGUAUCUGAGAGAUAGGGACCUUGGAGAGGGACCUAGUGAUGGAUAUGACAGAGUCAACAGACAGGCCUGGAUGGAAACAGGACAAGGUGAAUGGAUCCUAGUAGACCCUAGUGUAGCCUGGGAUGGAGUGCUUCUGGAGUCCACGGGUUGGGACCAGGUGGACAAAUAUCCCCUAGACAACAACCAACAAACAUCCUGGAUGGAUGAGAAGGUGUUGCUGGGAAGGUCAGUGCAGGCCAGUUAGAGAGCUACACUGGGGCAGAGCAAUGGAAAAGGAACAAAUGUUCACUUUCGUCACCCCCAUGACUGGAGGAAAUGAUGUCCCUCCCCAUGAUGGAGAUGGCAGGAGAAGGUACAGGUUAGGCCUAAAAUGGCAGCUGUACUUAGCCCAGGACCCCGUGUAUAAAACUGAAGGAGUCUACUCUUGUCACAAGUACAUAUGUAGAGAUAGUGCUGCUGGAGAGGGAAAAGGUAAACAAAAGGCAGCACUCAAAAGAGAAUAUAGCCCACCUAAGAAGUCAUUCCUGGCUAGGGUGAAACUGGCAUUUUGAUCAGACCCUGGAGAGGGCCUAUCCAAACCCAGAAACCCAAUAGUUAAAAAAUAAACUAAAAGAUGCUCUCCCUCUUAUAUUUCACUGGAAAUAUGAAGUUGGGGGAGUACAGAACAAAGCAUAGGGAAUGUAAGAUAGGAUGAUGCUGGUGGGUAAGUAUGUUUUAAUUAUAGUUGGCGUCCCCAGCGCCACCAUAUUAGGAUUGUAUUUGGGCCUAAAAUACGAUCAAGAAAAUGUAGAAAUGGGAAAAGUAAUAUACCUAAAGAAACAGGAAGAGUAAUAUACCUAAAGAAACAGGAAGAGUAAUAUACCUAAAGAAACAGGAAGAGUAAAAUACCUAGAGCAACAAAAAUGUGAAAGUGACUUAAUCACAUUUAGAACACACACAAAGAAAUGGGGCAAACUGGUACAACGUGACACAGCCAAUGAAACUGAGUGUCCAGGUUUCCCCACUGUAAAGCUAAAAAGCAGAACUAAUUACACUAAGUGGAACAACAGCCUAGGUGAAAAUGUCACAAUAAUGGCAGCGUUAGGGUAUGCAAAAAAAUUAGGCAUGCCGAUAGACAAAGUGUUCAAGAGAAUUUGGAAAGGGCUGUUUAAACUACUGGUCAAAAUAAGUAAACUGGCCCUAACAAUUACCUGGUCAAUCUUCAAAGGGAUCAGAUGGUUGUUAAAAGGACUGAUCAUCUGGAGCAUGGUAUAUGAGAGAGUGCAUCCUCCUAGAAGACAGGGACCAGCAGUUCCUGUUGAACAGGAUGUACUGCUCAUGACCCCGAGAGGAACGGAUGUGACCCAAGUUUAAGGGGCAAAAAGUGACUACAUAAGUGAACCCUGAACAACUCAGGUCACGACACCUUCCUGAUCAGAGAUAAAGAAUCAUCCUGCUCUCAACACAACGUAAAUAAACCACCAGAAUCUUUAGGCAGUGAAACUUAAAGAUAUCCUCUACCAUGACUUCCAACGAAACUGACCAUGACACCUCAGCUGAGGCAUGCAGUCCCUUCACUGACCAGGUAUGGGAAAACAUCUGUUGUUAAAUAUUAGUUCUUGUAGUUUUUGGGAAAAUAGCAUGGGAAAAUAGGCAUAAUAAUGGCCUAGUAACUUGGGUUGCUCUAUUUAUCAAUUCAUUAGUGGCCAUUGAUAAACUAGGGUUAACAAUGGGACAAAAAAUAAUGCUGUCCGUUGUACCGAUAAUACUAAUCCAGAGAAUGUACACAAUAUUAGGAAAAUGUUAUUUGGUCUGUCUAUGCUUAGAAGCCUUAGCUGCAUCUAUGACUGUAGUAAGUAAAAUAGGUGCAAUAGAGAAGAACGGAACAGACGGUAAAAUGGAACCUAUGUGUGCUACCAUAAUUGGAAUACACUAUGUGGCGCGGAUCAUUGAAGCAGGCCUAGUUGGGGUGCUAUGUGUCCAAAUAAUCAAAUUAAUGAGAAAACUAAAACCAAAAGAUCAGCUGAACACAGUCUUAAAGGCCGUCCCACUGGUCCUCUGGGUAACUGUCCUAUUGAUCCUAAGUUGCGGAGAAGAAAUGGGGUGGCCCACAAACAUUUUGAAAGUAGUUUGGGGAUUGUGUUUACCCAUAUUCCUUCUCCCCACUCCCAGCAGGACCAGGAGGAACACGUCAAGCCAUGGGAUGGGGUAAGGAUGGCUAAAGUAAUAGUGCCCCCCAGUGACAGAACCAAUAGGGGAAGCAGGGGGUAUUAAUAGAGGUAGAGGAGAGUAGAAUAUGGUUCAUAGACAUGUGGGCAAGACAUUUAGAUGCCCUUAAGGCAUAUACACAUUGUGGGGGUUGUGGCCAAUUGGAACCAUUGCCACUAGGGAUAGACUCUACCAACGGGGCAGUGUUAGGCGGAACCACCUUCAUAUGUGCUCAUUGUUACCAAGGGGGUGUAGCAUACCGCAUUAGGCGUAGCCAUGACCCCAUUGGUACUUAUGCGGGCCCAGUGACUUCGUGGGGAGCCACGGGGCCAGUAACAGAGGAGGGGGACAGAUGGAUCAGGAAGUUGAAUCCCAACGGACCCAACCUGAAUCUCUGGAAAAGCGAAUCAUGACCCAGAAAGGCAUGGAGAAAGCCGGGAUACCAAACCUUGACCCUUAACCACCGGAGGGUGGCUGGGGACAUAGGAAAUGAUACGCUGACCGGGCAGUGGGACGAGGCUCUGGUAGUCAAAGACCUGGAAGCCCAUUGGUCUCAGGAAGACCUCACUAUGCUAAAACAGAGCCCUUGGUUCAUGUACGGGAGUGCUAGACCACUACUGAGUUGCCAAAUCUUCCCACCAAAAAGGGAAAGACUCAGCUGUGACCAGUGGAACCUAAGCAAUUAUGUGGCCGUAAAGGACCACUGGUUCCCUAGCGCAGACAAUAAAAUAGCCAUUAGAAAGGCUAGGAGAGAGCCAAUGUCCAAAGUGAUUGGGUGUACUGAGACAGGGGGAAGUGAAACUCUGGCUGACUUCAGUAGGAAGCACAGAAGAGGAACCCAAAGAGGCCUUAGGAGGCAAAAUGGGUUCAGGCUUAGGGAGCCAGGGAAUCAUAAACAUUCUUACGGGCACACUUGUAUUACCUCAGUGCCCCCCAGACCCCAGCGAAGAGGGCCUGAAAGGAAUGGUCCAGACACAAAGUUAGAGCUAAGAUAUAGGGAGAACCUCGCAGUCUUAGGCCAUAGACUGGCCGACUUGACCCUGGCCGCAGAAAGAGCUGUAGGAGCUUUGACCCAGAAAGACCCCCAGGGGAACGAUGGACCUCAAAGUCGCAGGGACAAAAAGAGAACCAGGAAGGGGCAAGGCAGACAAUAGGAGAAUAACCUUUUUUUCUCCAGGGCCCCAUGGAAGACACCCAGUCCGGGGAAGAAGUUUGGGAAGAAGAAGAAGUUAAUAGGCCAAUAGGGCACAGAGUAAUAACCAGAUGGCAAGAAUUAGAACGUAAGGGUAUGACUGAGUCCCAGACACUAGGGAUUAUCCUGUAGGGUGGAUAGCACCAGUAGUAAUAAUUCCUCACCCUGCCGCUCUUAAAACUUGUGGCUCAUGUGAUAGAAGUACUGAAGGGGUACUCAGCGGGAGAUUAAUGUUAAGAGGACGGAUGUUAGACAACGUAUGUAUGUUAUGUCUAGCCCGCAGAGAUAAGUGGCCAACCCUAAAACCCAUAGUAAACAAGGGAGAUAGAUGGGGACAUGUAGAAGAGCCAGAAGAGUUACAUUUAACAAUGGUUUACAAGGGACAAGAAGUAGACUGGGAUAAGAGAACUGGCACUGUUGAAUUACAUGGGAUGGCUUACGAGGGACAAGAAGUAGACUGGGAUAAGAGAACUGGCACUGUUGAAUUACAUGGGAUGGCUUACGAGGGACAAGAAGUAGACUGGGAUAAGAGAACUGGCACUGUUGAAUUACAUGGGAUGGCUUACGAGGGACAAGAAGUAGACUGGGAUAAGAGAACUGGCACUGUUGAAUUACAUGGGAUGGCUUACGAGGGACAAGAAGUAGACUGGGAUGAGAGAACUGGCACUGUUGAAUUACAUGGGAUGGCUUACGAGGGACAAGAAGUAGACUGGGAUGAGAGAACUGGCACUGUUGAAUUACAUGGGAUGGCUUACGAGGGACAAGAGGUAGACUGGGAUAAGAGAACUGGCACUGUUGAAUUACAUGGGAUGGCUUACGAGACCUAUUCAACAGGUUAGAGAAGAAGGACCACAGAGACGGGUUCAAAGAUGCACAGGCUGUGAAUCAGGAAUCAGAGGAAAGUACAUCUCCCAGUGGGGCAAUAAGGAUGGUAUUAGUGUUAUGCCACUUUGCAAGAGAUGCUUAUGUUGUCAGAGUUGCGCUAGAAAAAGGCAGGAGUGGUAUAGCGAGGACGAACAUGAGGUUUGGCCUAUGGAGAGAGAAUAUGCUGAUAUAUUUGAACAUGGUAGAAUAGCUACUAGAUGUAGACAUACAGAUGGUGUAUAUUUGAGAAUGAGGGCCAGAGCUGAUAAUAAGGCAACAAUGCCGGGAUAUCGUAGCUGGGCAACAGUAUGGGGAAUAACGGCUAGGUCAGACGGACUAGUGCUAGGGAUAACCAGAGUUGGAAAUCAGAGUCCGGUUAAAGGCACUAAGAGAAAAGAGACAGAGGUAGAUCCUGGAGAGGGUGAAGUAAAACGCCAAAUGGAUCUACCUCCUGGUCCUCUUCCCCUGUCUUACCCACCAAGGGUAGAGACAGAGAUGACCUCGCCUACCGAAAUACCGGAUUGGGCAAAGCCACCAGAAGACGAUUCAAGCCAACCAACUAUUGAACCUGACUGGUGUCAGGAAGAAUCACCCUCUGCCUCAAGUGACACCUCUGAAUGGGAACAGCUGAUAGACGCAUUGCUGAUAGAGUAAGGGCACUGUCAUAAACAGAGACCCAUAUGCGCACUGUAAGAAAAGUGUUUCCUCAUUGUUGCUAGAGUAAUAUGCUCUGUCAUAACCAGAGGCCCAUAUAUGCACUGUAAGAAAAGUAUUUCCUGUUGUAAGAUAUGUCAUCAUAUCUCAUCUGCUCUGAGGGAAUGGGAGGAGCAGCGGAUCGGGUGCAGAGAAUCAAAAGGUAUAUAAAGAGACAUUUGCCAUUACUUUGGCGCUGACUUCUUGAAUUCUGAAUUCAUAGAGACAACUAUUUGACCCAGGUAUUGGUGCCUGGCUCAUCUCUAGAUUCUAACUCUAUUGAAUUUGGACUAGAUUAUUGUGCUGAGACUCCUCGUGUUCCUAUCUAUUCCAAACCGUUACUACUGGCAGUGUGUGGUUCUUGAGGCGUUGUCCACUAUAUGACAGUCCCUGCUUUGUGAUCGCCUGACCAAGGUCUAAUCACCGGCAUUACUGGAAAUAGUUUGGCAUCCCGAGACAGGACUUAAACACUGAACCCAGGGGGUUUUCGUUGGAGGAUAGUGAAACAUCAGUAGACGAUCAGUUGACCAAGAACGACUCUAGUUUCCUCAUUCAAUAUAACUUGAAUCCAAUUUAGUUAAAAUAACGACUCCAAUUCAACCUCUCGGCAGUUAGAGGGGAGUCGCUACACUAAACUAAAUUUCUCAAAUUCUGACCGAUUGAAACUCUGCUCCUGAUCUCGUGGGUCUCCUCGUCAUCUCUCAAAGGUAAUUAAAUAACUAUUAUAAGCAUUUAAUAUAGAGAUAAGUGUUAUCAUUGUACCAGGCAUUUUGUAGAGCAUUAAGGCAUUUGCAUGUUUUUGAUUAACGCUGUGUGUGACCGAGUAACAAAUUGUGUAUUUUGAAGUGUGUUUGAUUGUAAAAGACAAAAAACUGAGUGUUUUCAAAAAUAAA